ACUCCAACAACGAUUCCCUUCCUCUCCUCCCCCCCCCCUCUUCCCUCCCCAUAACCAGGCCGUUAAGUCCCCCAUCCAUCCAUCAAAAUCCUGUCAAGACCAAAAAGGCCAAUCUCUCCCCGCUCGCGAUGCGUCCCUUCUUCAUGCUGGCGCUGACGGCGCUGGCCGCAGUGGCCAACGCGGCUGCUCUCCCCCAGACCCAGACACAGAAAGAGCCCGGUCUCGGCACCGACUACGAUGCCAUCAUUGUCGGCGGCGGCCCUGCCGGACUGAGCGCGGCCAGCGGCUUGGCGCGGGUGCGCAGGAAUGUCCUGCUGAUCGACUCGGGCGAGUACCGCAACGCGCCGACGAGGCACAUGCACGAUGUGCCGGGGUUCGACGGCGUCACGCCCGCCUACUUCCGCUGGGCGGCCCGCCAGCAGAUCUCUUACUAUAAGACCGUCACCAUGGUCAACGGCACCGUGUUCAAGAUCCAGCCCGGUAACGAGAAGAACACGUACUUUGUCGUGUCGAGUCGCGAGCCCGGAGCCGAGGGUGGCGAAGAGGUGAAGGAGCGCACCGCCCGCAAGGUCGUGCUGGCCACGGGCCUGCGCGACCUCCUCCCGGAGACGCCCGGCGUGCGCGAGAACUGGGGCAAGGGCAUCUUCUGGUGCCCCUGGUGCGACGGGCACGAGCACGCCGACCAGACGCUGGGCCUGCUCGGUAGCCUCGACAACGUGCCGGCGGCCGUGCGCGAGAUGUUGACGCUCAAUCGGGACAUCAUCGCCUUCGUCAACGGCACCGACACCCCCGAGGUGCGCGCGGUCACCGAGAAGAAGCUCGCCCGCUGGGAGACGUACCUGCAGCUGCACAACGUCCGCCUCGACAACCGGACCAUCUCGGCCAUCGUCCGCCUCCAAAACGGCACCGACGGUUCCGAGGACCCCAGCCUGCCUACGGCCCCCGAGCACGACUUCUUCCGCGUCGAUUUCACCAACGGCGAGCCCGAAUACCGUGCCGCCUUCCUGGCCGCCUUCCCCUCCGAGCAGACCUCCAGCGUCGGCGAGGACCUCGGCGUCCAGCUGCUUGGCGGCCGCCUGUUCGCCAACCAGAGCGCCGGCCUCGUCACCAACAUCCCCGGCGUCUACGCCGUCGGCGACGCCAACUCGGACAACACCACCAACGUGCCCCACGCCCUGUUCUCCGGGAAGCGCACCGCAGUCUUCCUGCAUGUCGCGAUCGCACGAGAGGAUGCUGAGAGGGAACUGAACGAGACCGAGGUGUCCAAGAGAGACCUCGAGCCCGUUGCGCGGUCGCUGUGGGACACCGUCAACGGCCCCCCUGGUGACAUUCUCUACGCUGGCGAAUUUGAUCAGUAAACGACGAUGAAAUCAGACGAAAACUACCUCGAAGCCCGCCCCGACCCUCCCAUGUCAGGGCUCAAAUAAUGUCUGGUAAUCUGUAUCCGGUUCCGGCAAAUAAUACCCUAAGCCUAAGGAGCCAAGCGGAGACGAUAAAUU